UAAACACUCUCUUUUCUCACUCGACAAUCGUUUAAAUUCCCCAACAUGUUCAAGUCACUCAUCGUUACAGCCUUAUUGGCAAUCAGCAUGGUCAAAGCUGAUUACAACCCAGCCAACUUGCCAGCCAAAUCCGAUCCCCAACACGGUCAAUUCGGUUACAACGAUUGCCAAAAGCGUUACGGUGCUUCAACCCCUACAGGUCACUGCCAAAACAUCUUCAUUAACAGCAUUAAAGAUUUCUGCUUGUACGCCCCACACAAAUACGGACCAACCAUUGGUGAAUCUGAAGCCAGAACAAUUUCUUACUGUUUGAAAUCCGGUUACGGUACCCGUUUGAUCCCUGACGGUACAAUUACUGGUGCUCAUUUCCUCAAAACACCUUCUUACGUUCAAAUUACCGGUCAAGGUGAUUUGACAAAGAUUAACGUCUUGGCCAAAGAUGAAGGAGGUGAAUUAGAUCCUCACGGAGCAACAGGUGCAGGUAACCCAGUCGGUGGUUUGGUCUUCACCCGCGCAUUCACCGGUGACUUCCAACAAAUUCACGAAUGGCAAAACUUCAUCUCUUACAACCAAUUCUGCUUCCGUGCAUGCAUUGGAGAAUACGCCAAAGAAUGGUGCCCACAUAUCUAUGAUUUGAUGGGAUGUGAUUGGAACGAACCAGCAGACUACAGAAGAGGAUCAUUCGAUCAAUGUGACGGUACCGAAGGACAAUGGCCAGGUGUUUACUCCGGUUCAACAUGGUACCAAGGUGUUAACCCUACCCCUCCCGCUCAAGCUCCUGGUUCAUCAUCUAACUGCCGUGCUGUUCCUUCUCUUGUUCAAGGAAAGGCAAUCAAAGUUCCAUCAAAGAGAGCAGAAGCAAUGGAAACCCGUGUCGCUCGUCGCGCCGAAUGGGAUGACGCAGAGUAAAUAGUUCCUGUGCAAUCGUUAUAGUCUAGAUUCUAUAUGGAAUCUUCUUCGUUGAAGAUUUAUUUGGACUCUUUAUCCUUGUCCAACUCGGAACACCUUAUUCUAUAUUUGACUUCUUUACAAGGCAAUUGGACAAAUUAUUAUCCUUUUACCUUGCCAUUAUGCCGCCUUUAUUUGUCACGGA